AUGUCUCACGGUGACGCAUUCGGUUUUCCCAGCGCAGCGACGCGUUUCAGCUCAGACAGUCUACGCGUAGUGGAAGAAACAUCCAUGCCCCGCCAAAGCGAAGACACAAUCGACGCAGAAAAGACCAACACAACCAUGCAUUGGACAUCGCCAUGCACGCGAAAACGCGAGUACGAAAGAAUCGACAAAGCCAACAGCGGUCUACGAGGUUUCUUCCGCAAAGUAACACCGCGAUGUGUCUCAGGCCCGCAAGAGAAGUUCUACGAGAAAGAUCAGUCGGAUGCUGGAUCUGUGCGACGCUAUCGCAUGGACGAUUUGGAUGACGCGCAUAUGAAUGAGAAGGACAGCCGAAUUCAAGACCUGGCGUGA